AGUCUCCUUUAGUGGUUUCAGGCUAUUUAAAAAAAUGGCCAAAAAAACUCUUGAAGAUGUGCCGCUGGUAGACAUAGAUGCCCGAGGUAUUUUCAAAUAUAUUCUUAUUAAAGUUACUGGUACACCGGACUCAGAUGGUGUAGAGCCAAGCAAAAUUAUUGUACGCGGCUACGCGGACUGUGAAUGGCAUGCUGAUAUUUAUGAGCGUGUCCAGGGACUGUGCCAUGGGACAGAUUUCGAUACGGAAUGUCUAGGUGGUGGUCGCAUUGAACAUGACCCAGACAAAAAAUACAUCAAGAUCUAUGGAUAUUCUCAAGGUUACGGAAAAGCUGAUCAUAUUGUAUCGAAACGAAUUAUCCAAACGAAGUAUAAGGACUAUGAGAUUGAAACUGUUGAUGCAGGAUAUUAAGAACCAAUGCAUAUGUACAUACAUAUGUGCACACAACAAUUCUCCUACGCACAUUCAUCAAUUAUGUACGAAAAUUCUUUUUACAACAAUAAAUUCACAAAAAUGUGUCCAAAUAAUAA